CCUCACCUUCCGCCUCAUGAUGCUGAGACACGAGCAGCGUGUACGGGAGAGUAUGGACGACGACUCAGGCUCAGAGAACCAAAGCAACAGCGGCGGCAGCAACAACAGACCAUCGCUAGACCGCCUCAACAGCCCCAGGAUGAAGCGAGCCUCCAGACAUGUUCAGAAGCUCAACAUGGGCGACAGCAAAGACGACAUUCAUGUGUGCAUUAUGUGCAUGCGGGCCAUCAUGAACAAUAAGUACGGCUUCAAUUUAGUAUUCGACCACCGGGAGGCGAUCAACUGCAUCGCACUGAGCCUCAACCACCACAGCUACAGAACAAAAGCCCUGGUGCUGGAGCUGCUGGCGGCCAUCUGCCUAGUCAAGGGCGGCCACCACAUGAUACUAAACGCCUUCGAUAACUUCAAGGAGACCUGCGGAGACCCUCACCGCUUCUAUACCUUAAUGCAAUACUUCUCCAACCCAGACUGCUUCCAUAUCGAAUUUAUGGUGUCGUGUAUGCAAUUUGUUAACAUUGUUGUACAUAGCGUAGAAGAUAUGAACUUCCGAGUGCACCUACAGUACGAGUUCUCUCGUCUGGGUCUCGAUGAGUAUCUCUACAGACUACGUAACACUGAGAGCGAAGAACUGCACGUUCAGAUCUGUGCGUACCUGGACAACGUGUUCGACGUCGCUGCUCUGAUGGAGGACAGCGAGACCAAGACUGCGGCGCUCGAGAGGCUGCAUGACACCGAGGAAGAACUGGCCCACACAAUUGAACGGCUACGAGAAAGUGAAGCAUCAUGGCUCGCCAAGUCCGUGGAGUUGGAGUCUGAGUUAGAGGAGCUGAAGAGAGCAAACCAGGAGCUGCGCGAGACAAAUAACCAGGUGCUGGCGGAGGUGACGACGCUACGACGCACGGCCACGCAGCGAGAGGAGGAGAACAGACAGCAGCAGUCCAAACUCGAGUACAAGAUCCAGCACCUCGAGACCCUCAGCCGCUCCGGCAGCAGCAGUCCAAACUCGAGUACAAGAUCCAGCACCUCGAGACCCUCAGCCGCUCCGGUUCGUCUUCUCUCAAUGGCAGUACCUCGUCUUCCCCCAAAACCUCCCCCCAUAGGGGGCAUCAGAGGACCGCCCCCCAUGCCGGGCAAAGGAGAGUUACACUCCAUGGAUGCCAUGACCAUCAAGAAGAAGGUCGCCACCAAGUACAAGCUGCCCACCCUCAACUGGGUCGCGCUCAAGCCCAACCAGGUACGCGGGACGGUUUUCAACGACUUGGACGACGAGAAGCUAUUUUGUGUGAUUGACUUCGCUGCGUUCGAGGAGGAAUUCAAGAUUGGUCCUAACGUUGGGCUCCUGCUUGCUAACGGCGACUCGACUGAAGUGGAUUCCCUAUCCGCGUUCGGCAGCAAACGCUUCAAGAAACCUGAACUUACUUCCUUAAUGGAGCACACGCGACUCAGGAAUGUCGCCAUCUCGCGCCGCAAGCUCGAGCUGAGCGUCGAGACCGUCACGCGCGCCGUCAACUCCCUGGACCUGAAGACGCUGCAUCUCGACAACGUGGAGCUUCUGCAGCGCAUGGUUCCUACUGAUACUGAGAUAAAAGCAUAUCGAGAGUACGAGCGUAACAAGUCUCCGCUGCACCUGCUCACUGAAGAAGAUCAGUACAUGUUCCACCUGAGCAAGAUAGACAGGCUGGGCACGAAGCUGAGCCUCAUGAGCUUCCUGGCCAACUUCACUGACAGCCUGCACUGCAUUACGCCUCAGAUACACGCCAUCAUCACCGCCUCCAGAUCUGUUAAGAACAGCUCCAAGCUACGACGCUUGUUGGAAGUCAUUCUUGCGUUUGGCAACUACAUGAACAGCAGCAAACGUGGUCCGGCCUACGGCUUCAAGCUGUCAAGUUUAGACAGUUUAUGCGACACUAAGUCCGCCAAGAAGAAGAUCUCGUUGCUGCACUACAUACAAGACACCGUGCGCACCAAGUUCCCGGACCUGAACAACUUCGAGGCUGAACUCAGGGGCAUCGAAAUUGCUGCACAGGUGUCGCUGGAGAACAUCGUGACGGACCUGACAGAGCUGGACAAGGGGAUGGAGUCUGCCAAGAAGGAGGCGGAGCGCCUGAAGGGACAUCGCAGCCAGGAGGCGCAGCUCGCCACCUCCAUCCUUGGCGACUUUCUCGCCAACUCCCUCGACAAACUUCAGAAACUGAAGACGGAGCUGAAGAUGGGCCAGGACGCGUUCGCUGAGGCACUCGAGUAUUUUGGGGAGUCGACGCGCAGCCUCGCGCCCAACACAUUCUUCUCCAUCUUCGUGCGCUUCUGCAAGGCUCUUACAGGACGGCUGACACGGACAACGCUCAGCGUCGCAAGAUCGAGGCAGCGCAGCGUGCAGCAGCAGCUGCUGCACAGCAGCGUGAUGCUGCCGCUGCCGCUGCUGCCGCAGCUGCUGCAGACGCUGUUAACGCCAACGUCAACUCCGAGGGCAACGCACGCCAUCAUCAGCCCUCGUUCCCGCAAUCUCAAUUUUUCAAUUGGGCCAGAAGCGUUGCCGGUGUUCCAAUUUAAAGCCACGCAAGAGAAACUUCAGAGGAAAUGUACUCAUCCACAGAGAACAUAUUUUGCUUCAAAAGAAUCCUCUGGUUUUCCCAAUCGUCCGGCGCUUGGAUGUUCGUCAGGAAAACACAAUUGUAUUUUUUUUUUUCAAGAUACUCCGGUCGAUCUACAAUUAACUUCAAUAGCGUCGAUUAAAACGGCGGCGGUGAUCGGAGAGCUAAGGGCGCGAGGCGUGGUGGCGGACCGCCGUCUUCUGUCGCAGGAGGACGUCUACCACGGCGCCCUCGAGGACAUCCUCAUCGGCCUCCGCAACGAGCCCUACAGGCGCGCCGACGCCCUCCGCCGCAGCCACAGGAAGAGGGACGUCGCCGUCAGGCUCUCGCGCACCAGUGACGAUAACCUCGACUUCUAAAUUAUCUUCUUCCACUUGUAGAAUUUGUGACAAAUUUGAGCGACUUCCAAAUGCAUUUGAGCAUUAAGUGCCCGAUUACUAUUACGAAUUUCCACUAACUUUAAUAGUGAAAAUUUUUAAAAUCUGGACGAGCAAUUUAAAAUUAAUGUUAUGAUUACGAAUUUUAUAGCGGUUAAAAUCUAAGAAUCUCAUUGAUGCCUCGACAAGCAUAGGCCUAUGAAACGGAAAGAAAUGUUCAAAUUUCAGCAAUGACAGCCUAUACAUGCUGAAGAUUUUGGUCGGGAUCCAAUGUUAAAUUGUCUUUAGCGCCUUCACAGACCCGCGAUAUCUUAGGCGGAUACUCCGCCUGGAAUUUCCUGUAAUUUUGUCCCCGUUUUGGGAUUGGGAGGCGCUGGGAAUUGUGUAGAUGGCCGGGUUUAAUUUAACCUGUUACAGAUUCUUCGAGUGAUGUUGCUUCUGGCUGGAUCCAGAGACGCAGCACGAGCAAAUUUUGUUGAGACGUGUUCUUCGAACUGUAAUUUGUAAUUUACAUUUUUUUCUGUGCUUCUAGGCUAUUCGGAUUUAUGGAGUUGAAAAAUCACAAGAACGUUAGCGAUUUUAUUAUGAGUUUGGUGAUUAACUUUAGUGUCGAGUCUCGUGGCGAGUUCAGGACGACUAAAAGUAUAUAUAGACUACGCUCAAUUUUUUCUGAAAUGUGUCGUGUUUACGUAAUGCCGAGUCUUCACAUAAAAAACAUGAAAUUUAGCAUGGAAUUUUCCAUUGUCAAAUAAGGCAAACCUUGUUAUUUUGUGGUCAUUGCUGUUUAAGGAGCGCUCUUGAAAAGGUUUUGAUAAAUCAGCUCCUGUUAUUCUGUAAGCUUAUAUGUUCAAUGCUAGCACCAAUUGCGUAUCUUUUACCUAUGCUAACCUAUUGUGUGGUUUAAAUGCCAUUACAUCAUUCGCCGGCACUGGCUUGAAGAGGAUGAGGUUCAAAAGGGAUUCUGAAACUUGUAGAAUAUUUCAGGAUUUUUGGUAAAAUUGAUUAGGUAUAUUGAUGCUUUGACAUCGUACAAAUAUCAAUGCCGUGGCCUUCCUUCAUGCCUUUUUACUGCACGCUACGUUUUUCUAUUGCAGUCAUGUACAAUGAACCCAAUCGUCGAUAGAUAAGCUCUGCAAUAAAGGGUUGCUUUAUAUUGUCUGCAGCAUUAUACGCCUAUUGCAAUCCUCUAAGUGCCCUAGCUGCGGUUAUAUCAAGUUUUAAUGCCAAACAUGACUUAAGAAAGCUUAAAUACAAUUUUUAAUCCCAAGUUCUUCUUAUCUUCUCACAUAAGUAGAUUGCUUGACAAUGCACUGCACAAGCCCUAGGGUUGCUCACCGACUUCCAGUUCACUCUGAAGCUCAACUUUCCAUCUCUGCUUGUUCAAAUGAACAAGUUUGUAUUCGUACAACACUCUUAUUAAUUUGGUACAUUAAGUUUCUCUGCCUAGCAGCUUAGGUAUAGUGGUAUAUUAUAUAGCUUCCUAACACGGAGGUGCACAUUUGUCAGUAUUUUCAAUUCUAACGCACCCAUUUCGUUUUAAAAGUGAAGAAGCCUCAGUAGUUAUGAAUUUAUUGAUUUCUAGAUAAGUUUUCCGAUACUCUAACAUAUCAGUUGAACGACUGUCUGCUAAACGUUUUUCGAAGUGCAAGAAAUAUUGUUUUCGUUCUCUUGAGCGGAUUCUGUCUCCGUCUUUUUGCCCUUAUUUUGUAGUUCGUCGAGAUUUUUAAACUAUUUAUUCCAUAUUAAAUUAGAUUUUGUUGGGAGAUAUACACAAAAUCCUGUUCCGUAUUUUUAAUUAAAUCUCACCCAAAUGUGUUGAAUUUGGAUGUUUACUUUUGUUUUUCGUCAAUCCUAAGUUAUAGUAAAGAUGAAUUGUUUAUUAAAAUUUUUAAUUUGUGGAUGAAUACAUUUCCUUCUAAAUU